AUGACCUAUCUCCUCGAAACGAGCCCUCAACCGAUCCUUAAGCGCCCUCUGUCCCAGCAUUUAGGGCCGAGCCUAUCGGAACAGAGCGGGGAGAGAAAGGAUAAAAAGAAGAGGAAGAAAGAGAAGAGAAGAAAGGCCACCGCAGAAGAGCCCAUUACCGAACAGCCUACUGCUGAAGAGGCUCUUGCCGAAGAACCCGCGGCCCCAGAGCCCGCUACUCAAGAAUACCCUGCCGAAGAAUACCCUGCCCCAGAGCCCGCUACUGAAGAAUACCCUGCCGAAGAAUACCCUGCCCCUGAGCCUGCCGCCGAAGAAUACCCUGCCGAAGAAUACCCUGCCGAAGAGUACCCUGCCGAAGAGUACCCUGCCGAAGAGUACCCUGCCCCUGAGCCCGCUACGGAAGAAUACUUUGCCGAAGAAUACCCUGCCCCUGAGCCUGCCACCGAAGAACACCCUGUCGAAGAGCCUGCUGCUGAAGAGCCACUUCUUGAAAAAACCUUUCUCGAAGGAAAUUUCGCUGGAUUAUCAGCCCACAAUUUCUUGCGUAUCCAAGUCUCUGCUAAACAUUUGACAUUUGCCUCUCCGGUUUUUAAAAGACUACUGGCUGGAAGCUGGAAAGAAAGCGUUGCCUUUCUCCAAAAGGGUUCAGUUGAGAUCGUUGCUGAUAGCUGGGAUAUUGAAGCUCUCAUGAUACUGCUUCGAGCUAUUCACGGUCAACACUAUCAUAUACCUAAGAAGCUGACCUUGGAGAUGCUCGCGAAAGUUGCUGUUAUCGCAGACUACUAUGAAUGCGGAGAGACUUUGUGUUUUCUGACAGACGUGUGGAUUGAGAAACUGGAAGAGAAAAUUCCUGCUGCAGCUUCUAAGGAUUUGGUUCUAUGGCUUUGGAUAGCCUGGUUUUUCCGACUCCCUUCUCAGUUCAAGUUAUCGACAUCUAUUGCUAUGUCGCACAGCGAAGGUUCGAUUGAUAGUCUAGAACUUCCGAUCCCGAAAAGUGUCAUAGUUUCGAUAAAUGAAGGUAGAGAGAAGGCUAUCCACAAUCUGAUUCUCCUGCUUGAUGAAACACGCGAUGCCUUUUUGCUCGGCACGCGGGGCUGUCGUUUUGAGUGUCGCUCAAUUAUGUAUGGUGCUUUGACUAUGCAGAUGCAGUCGAACAAUCUACUCUCUCCAGAAAAAAAGGGCCCUUUUCCGAAUUUGAAUUACAGGUCUCUUGUGCAGGGUGUAAAAGCAUUCAAAUCACCAGAAUGGUAUGAUUCAUCCUCGAGAUACUCGAGCUAUGGAUCCAGCCAUGUGCAACGCUGCGCUGAAGCUUCCUUUGCAUCUAUUUUCGGAGGACUUGAAGAAUCUCUUGAGGGGCUGGAAUUGAGUCGGUUCACGAAUCAAUAGUUCAGUCAAU